AUGCAAGCCGCCUCCACCACUCUUUUCCACCCAGCUAGUCAAUGGCGCCCCGGUUUCCUGUCGCUGACCAAUCGGAAGGCGCGGAGCUCCAAGAGGCAGCAGGGUGGAGGACUCCUGGACCUCCAGAACGGGGCCCUGGUCAGGGUCGUCCUCUGCCCCACAGAAGGUGCUGUUCUGGGGGAGAGGACCCAGACUACGCCAGCCUCUUGGGGGCCAUGGAUAAAGACCUGGACAGACCUGAAUCACCACCUCUACAGGACACAAACGUUGUGUUGUCCUGCAGUGCUGGAAGGAAAGCAGCUGAGAGGUCCAACUAAUGCUCAGAGGAAGAGAGCGGAGAAGGAGAGGAGAGCGAAGGGAAAACCACCUCAGAGAGACCAGCUGAAGGACGUUUUGGCAGACAACGAUGACAGCUCCUCGACCACCACAGAGACCUCCAACCCUGAUGUAGAGGCCAGCAACAAAGAGGAACCAGUGAAGAAGAAGGGCAGAACAGCAGUGACUCUGGAGAAAGAGGAAACCAAACCCCAAAACAACAAGCGACAAACCAACCCAAAGGAUCAGUCUAGUUCCCUGGAGCUCCCCUACAGCACAGCCCUGGAGAACAAACAGCGCAAGACCUUCAUCCACUCUGCUCUCACCACCGCCCCUAAAAUUAGGACUCUGCACAAACCCAGACCUGGGUCUCUCUCCCAUCUCAACUCGCCUGAUUGUUCUGGACUUGUGCCUUGUGGGAAGCUGGAGGAUUCUUGUCCGUUUCCUGUGGUGAAGCGGUUGUCCAACGUCUCUGUUUCAGAGCCGGGUCACAGCAGCGGCUCCGAGGGAGAGAAGGAGUUCGCUGCUACUGAAUGGGACCUCCCACUGCUCACCAAAACCACCAACCAAGCAGACAGUCUCCAGCAAGAUCUCCCUACAGACCAUGAAUGCAGACGCCUUCCUGAAAGAGACCCACUCAGCUAGGACCUACUCCCCUCCCUCCUCCUCCCCAGCCUAGUGACCAGGGGAACAUACAGCCAAAUACUCAAUGCCAAUAGUGAGACCAACUUGAAGAAGCACCAGGGAAAAAGCUAGCUAAUGCCACCUCUCUCCCGGCAAGAAUGGCAAUCCUACUUUUGCAGCUGUGGCUGCGGGAUACGACAGAAGCCCAGGUGGCAGUGGCGCAGGUGAAAGGCCCAAGUGAAGACUGGAAGCUCCAUGACCUUAGUGGAGAGUGACCGCUCAGACAGCUCAGGAUUAUGGUCUCCGAAGGAUUCAACUCUGACAACUCCUUCUCUGCAUUCGGACCCAAACAACUCUUUCAAUCUGACAAGAGU